AUGUUCAGAAACAUUAGGAAUUUCCUUUCCCACUCUCGGAUUCCAGUCAGAAUCUCCGCGCAGUCGGAUAAAUAUAAGCUCUACCGGGUUCGGUUCGUUCCCCAAGACAAGAGAUUUAACGGCCUCUUUCGGGGUUUACUACUCUUGAGCGGCUGUCAUAUUGCGGCAAACACCUUAUUACAAACAUUCGGUAGUGGAUGGGAAGAACCGUUAUUUAUACCUCUAGGAUUUUUAGAGGAGGGACCUAGGAGGAGAUAUGAACUUACGGAUCCCGAGUUUCAGGCAUUUUUAAAAUUCAACAAAGAUACAAAAAAGGCACUAGCUGCCAGAGCAAAGGUAAUAGAAAUCCUAGUGAAGAAUCUUGAAGCCAAUAAUAGGUCCAAAUUUGGAGGCGAUGUGAAAGCCGAAGGAUCGAUACUAUAUUAUCACUACCCAAUUGGCCCGCCCCCGGAAUACAUACGGAAAGGAUUACUUAUAUCACCCGCAGAGCGAGAUUCUUCGGACCAAAGCGAAGGGGCGUCACAUCCCCUCCGCCUUUCAAAUUUAAAAUAUGAAUGGGUCUCCGGCAACAAUUUGGUGGUGGGUAUAGACAUCAUUGCUAGCUUUGACCCGGAGACCUUGGGGAGCUUGAUCCCACCGCAAUUUCACCCUCUUGGUGGAAAGACGACCCUAGUGGAGGAUCCGACUUCUAAGGGAACUGUUCAGGAGGCUAUUCAGUCCUCAGAAGAAAUUCGGAGGAGAACGGUUGAGCAACAGCGGAACUUUAUCGAUAAACAGGUUGGCGGGGUAAAGGCAGUUGAUCAGAAGCGCGUUAUCCAGGAACCCAAAGUUCAGGAUAAAGGGCCCGAAUCUGUGCCUGAAAUAGGCGUAAAACCUAUAGUACGAAUGCUCAAGGGAAAACGCGGAGAAUCAAUCCCAGAUAUACCACCGGGCGGGGGCGCAAGCGAAAGAGGAGACGAUAAAAAACAAGAGACAGAUGUUGACGAUGCUACUUCAUCAAAACCAUAG